AUGGCUCCCAACAGUUCUAUGCGGUAUGCAUCUAUGGCAGUCGAAAACACUUGCAAAAAGAGUCUCUUCCAAAAGGGUAAGACUUCAUACACUAGAAUUGUGGAAGUGGUCAUCUCAUUGAGGGAUUCUUUUUUCAGAUAUGCCGAAAUUCUGGAACAGGACCAAGCUUUGCUGGUGAAGGGAAUGCGUGAACUAUACGGCCUUUCAGUCAGAGGUGAAAGCUGGCCUGGAGAGUUAUUGAACAACACGGACAAAGAACAGAAAACGCAGGAAAGUCCAACGGAGCAAGAACCGACCAAUACCCAAUCCCCAAACGAAUGCUUCUGGAAAAGCACAGCAGACGACUCUAAUGACUGCAAUGCCGCUCCUGGAACAGCGGACAUAACAUGUGGAGAUUAUAGCGUCUUUCCAUAUUUGACUGCUACGCCGGAUCAUCCCUCAUUAUUCAACAACUACCCUGGGAGCCACACCUCAUUUCAUACAACCAGUCCUACAAGUACUUCAUCACAAGAAGUAGUUGACUCGGCUACCUUUGCAGAAGGCUCGGCAUUAUGCACCAACAAUGACCCUAUGGUCUACGGCCACGAUAACGACACCUUUUACCAAUAUGAUUCUGGGACGAACUUGUUCCCCCAUGACGAAUGGACAGCCGAACCCACGUUUGGGCUAGAUGAAGAUACGCCUACAAUCCCUAGAUUUGGUGAGGUCUCAUCCACUUCUGAGGCAAAGCAAGUUUACAUCCAUGCCUAUUUCUUUUACUACCACAAAAUAAAUCCAUUCAUCCACGAAGAGACGUUCAAACUGCAUCUGUCCACGCAAUGUCUACCUGAAACGGAAGAAAAAUCAUGGUAUGUCCUUCAAAAUUCGGUUCUUGCUAUGGGAGCCUGGUGUGUAUAUGAUGGUUGUUCGAACACGGACAUAUUGUACUAUGAGAGAGCCAAGCGGUUGUUCCUGGAUAUAUCCUCUCUUGGAAGCGACAACAUCAUGGUUGUGCAAGCACUCCUCCUUCUCAGUGACUACGCUCAGAAACGAGGCAAGAUUGAAACUGCAUAUCACUACCUUGAGCAGACUGUGAGGGUUGCUCUUAGUAUAGGCCUUCAUAAGGAGAAGGAUGAUGAACUUUCCGUCAUUGAAACAGUCUCAAUAGACCAGGAAAUACGCAGAAGACUCUGGUGGAGUAUAUAUAACCAUGACAGCUACAUAGCCAUGAGAAACGGCCGGCAACGUUUUCUUCGUCACUAUAGCGAGACUGAUGUUAAGCUUCCACUGAAUGUUGAUAACCAGAUCCUUCCUCCCGACGCCAGAUUCCUUGUAUCGGAAACCGACUGGCCAACGCUAUAUUCCGGUCUAAUUGCCCAUGCUAGGUUCAACCUUUUGGCAAAUUCCGUAUAUGAACGCAUUGCAUCACAGCCGGCUUUAUCAGCAAUGGAGACCCUCAACCUACAGACUGAAAUUGAUGAUCAUUACGCGAACAUCCCACUAUAUCUCAAAAGAGACGAUACAGUGUUUCAACCAGAAUGGCUUUUACAAGCUCGCAGCAGACUUCUGUGGGGUUACAAAUAUCUCCAAGCUCUUAUAUGUCGACCAUUCUUAGUCAAAAUGGCAGGACACAAAGAGCAGAAUGAAAUUCCACAGCCAGAGUCGGAAUCUCGGUUGCUUGCCGCAUGCCGAGCUCGGUGUAUCCUUAAUUCGACGGAAAUCAUCGAAUCGAUGAACGACUACACGAGUACGAAUACGGUCAGCAGACUGGAUGCUUGGAAUAUGGUGUAUCUUCUUUUUCAAGCGUCCAUCACACCAAUCACAUUGAUCCGAACGAAGCCUCAAAGCGCCGACGCACUAUUCUGGUGGCAGGAUCUCGAAAAAGCGCAGCGUGUCUUGUCAACUAUUUCAAAGAUUGAUAAGGCAAUGGGCACCGAUAGCUUAGAGGCUAUUAAGGCCAAUUACUUGGUUGCCACUCUUGAACAGCUACGCACGUCAUUGGACACAUACAGUGCUGCAGAUGCCAACGGCUGCCACUUCUUGAUCACCGUUUCCUGCCACACAGGUCCGACAAAUUACCAAAAACUCCACGUGGCCCAGAUGGACAAUCACAUGGGAUAUAAUUACUCCGGUAGUUGGGACACAAUUGCCGGCCACGACGCCAACAUCUAUGCCUCAAGAGCCGAUUCAUUCAGCAUACCUCUUAACAGAGUGGCUACCAACAAGAUCGUCAUGCGAAUGUCUCUUUACGGCCGCUCUUUCAUGAACACCGCCGGACCGGGCACGUCUUUCAACGGCGUUAGCAGCGCCCUCGAUGAGGCACACGGGCAGCGCGAAACAAAGGCAGAAAAUACUUUCUGGGAGAUCAUGGGAAUGCAGGGCCUUGUUCGUGAGCUGGGAGGGAGUUAUAACACACGACCAGAUGAAAAGGUGGACAAAGCAGACUAUCUUGAUGGUGUACAGAUGUUCAUUCACCCAGGCAACCUGAUGUCCAUCUUCCGUACCACCUAUGUCAACCUUGACCGCAUUAUCAUCGGCUUCGGUCUUGAUCAAGUCUUCAAUAUCAAUUCUUAG